UUUCCAUCAUCCUCUUUCUGGAAGAGUAGACUGCGCUUUCUACGCCUUCUUCGUUCUUUAGUCCUUUUUGAAACCGUCGACUUUCCUCUUCCUUCUCUUCCAAGUUAACCUGCGAUUUUGUCCUCCUCUUCAAAUUUAAAGAGGUCUCGACUCUCGAUUAGGGCACAAAGGAGCACUUUACUAUCUCCAUCUCAGCUCUAGUUACUCGCGGCAGCCACUACGAUGUCGGUAAGGACUGUAAAAGUGAGCAAUGUUUCCCAUAGUGCAACUGAGCAAGACAUUAAAGAGUUCUUUUCCUUCUCUGGAGAUAUUGAUCAUGUUGAACUGAAGAGUGUUGAUGAGUGGUCUAGAGUUGCUUAUGUCACCUUCAGAGAUUUUCAGGGUGCAGAGACUGCAAUACUUCUAUCGGGUGCAACUAUAGUUGAUCAAUCUGUUAUCAUUACAAUUGCUUCUGAUUAUCAGCCACCACGCAUCAUGUCUCUUCCUCCACCGUAUGAAGAGAAGCAGCCAACCAGCGGUUCGCAAUCCGUCGUUGGAAGAACCGAAGAUGUCGUUGCCAGUGUGCUCGCAAAAUCCUAUGUUCUGGGCAAAGGAACCGUUGGCAUAGCCAAAUCCUUCGACGAGAAGCACCGGAUAACGUCCACAGCCGCUGCCAAGGUUGUUUCCCUUGAUCAGAAAAUUGGGCUGAGCGAGAAGAUUGGUGCCGGCGCUUCAGCGGUGACCGGGAAGGUCCGGGAGGUCGACCGGCGAUUCGAGGUGUCGGGGAAGACGAAAUCGGCCAUGACGGCGGCGGGGCAAAAGGUGAGUGGUGCAGGUUCGGCAAUGAUGAAGAACAAGUAUGUGUUCGGUGGGGUGUCAUUGGUGAGUGGAGCUUUCAGGAAGGUUGGUCAUGCUGCAAGCGAGGUGGGAUCAAAGACGAAGGAAAAGGUUAUGGCUGAGGAGAUGAGGAAGGGGAGUUUUUGAUGAUUUGUGAUUAUUCUGUAAGAAUGCAAUUUAAGGUUUUUGUUUGUAUUUUAUAUUAAAAAAAAAGGCAGUUCUUGUUUACUACAAAAAAUCUGUUCAUAUUUUGCUUGAAUGGAGGAAUGAAGAAGUGGACUUUUUGUUGA